UUUGAGGGCGCGAGACGUGGAUAUUUUACAUGUGAAGUGAAUGGCGAAUGCGUGCUAGCUUACAGUAGAUACUAGGCCUAGACCUAUCAUUGAAUACAAGCUAAAAAUACAAUAAUGGGAAGACAAAAAAAGAUAAAGGCAGUGGAUCCGUUUGCGUCCACCACUCGAAAGGAAAGUUUAAAUCAGGAUUCUAAAAAAUGGAACAAUCCACCAAAAGUUAGAGAUCAGAAAGCUUCGAAACUGCAUCUGAUUAUGGUGCAGUCAAUGGAAAACAUGAAGAAACCAAAGAAAAAGAAAGGUCCUGAUACGACUAAAGCUGAGACUAGCCUGCAGAAAAAAUUGAAGAAACGACCUGGAGAGAGUAAUCAUAGAUAUAUGAUGAGGUUGAAUUCAGAAGCUUGCACUCUGCUCAGCGCCACUAGGAUGCAGGAGCGAAUCAAAGGCAACUCCGAGUUCCUACCACCAAAGAAAGGGAUGAGUGACAGAAAACGAGAGAGACUGAAUAAGAAAAGAGAAAGAAUGAAAAAAAAGAAGGUGGAUCAUGAUAUGGUUAUGAAAGAAAAACAAUUUUUUACUGAUCAUGUAAAAUUUGGUGAAGUAACAUCUAGGCCUCCAGAGAUUUUGGCAAAACCAAGAAAUAGUCAAGUAGCUGAUGGCAAACCUGGAAGAAGAAACCUACUGUUAAAGAAUAUAUUAACAACUGAUAAAGUGAGCAACUCAAGCCGUAAUUUAACGAAAUCAAGUUCAGUAAACGCACCACGAUUAUCAGAAUCUAAACGGAUUAUUCAACAAACCAAAAAGAGGAAAAAUAUGUCAGAAGCAGAAAAGAGACAGUUUGACGGAGCGCAGACAGAAGCGAUUAUGGCUUACAGAAAAAUGAAGUCAGAACAAGCUAAGAACUCAAAAGAAAAAGUAAAUAAACCAGCCAAGGACAUGAGUAUAUUCUAGCACUAUGAUGGACAUCAUUCAACUUUUUUUAAAAUAAACACUGGAAUCUUGCAUGGCACCGGUAUCCACUGCCGUCCUGAAGAUGAACAAAAAAAUAUAAAAUAUAGAAUCAAACUGGCUUCCUUAAACUUCUUUAGAGUUGGUUUCAUAUUAAGAAUUGUACAUUAUGUACAAGAGAGUAAGGAGGAGUAAAACAAGUUGAUGGGAUUGUUAUUACACCCCAGGGACCCAGAAAGAGAACAAGAGUUUGAAAGGGGGUUACUCAGUAUUUUAUGUACAAGCUUGUUUAAAUGAAACACUACAACUGCAUGGCAUAAGAUAUACAUAUAGGGAUUGUGCAAACUGCAAAGCGUAGAAUAAACGUACAUUAUUUAAAAUACACAGAGA